GACAUUUUUCCAUGCUCGGUAAAGUAGACGUGGCAAUGACGUCAGUACCGGAAAUGACCCGGAUCGGAACUUUAACUCCUGGGUAUACUAGUCUUCACCAGAAACACCGACUGGUCUGAUAAUGUUUCGAUACCGAUUCAGACAUGAAUGAUAACCACCUUUCGAUGUGAAUUUGUCCGUACACCGCGAGGUCUUAGUAUUUAUCAAUCAGACAGACCCCAGGAGGAGGAACCGGCCGCCCGGGUGGCGUUUGAUCUAUAGCGGGCAGGUGAUUCAUUAUCAGCGGCAGCAUGACGUGCCGUGACCGGACACUCGAGUUCCAGUCAGCGUGUAAAUCUCUCCAGGGCAGACAGCAGAAUGGAGUCCAGCCCAGUAAACCGGCGCUCAGUGCCCUCAGGCAGCGCAGUGACUUUACAGUUAUGGCCAAGAGAAUUGGGAAAGACUUGAGCAAUACAUUUGCCAAACUGGAAAAGCUCACAAUUUUGGCAAAAAGAAAAUCUCUGUUUGAUGACAAGGCGGUAGAAAUCGAGGAGCUGACAUACAUCAUUAAGCAGGACAUUAACAGUCUAAACAAACAGAUAGCACAGCUGCAGGACUUGGUGAGGUCCCGUGGAGCUCCAGGUGGCCGACACAUUCAGACCCACUCAAACACUAUAGUGGUGUCAUUACAGUCCAAGCUGGCAUCGAUGUCCAAUGACUUCAAAUCAGUCCUAGAAGUCAGAACAGAGAACCUGAAGCAGCAGCGCAGCAGGAGAGAGCAGUUCUCCCAGCCUCCGGCGUCGUCUUCUCCUCUCAUGGCCAACAACUUCAGGAGCCGCAAAAAAGGGGCCCAGGAGCCGCAAGCAGCUCGUGAGCCGCGCAAUGACUACCAGGGCUAUACAACCGCAAAUUACAAAGAUGGCUCGGUCCUGAUGCAGGAAGAGUCCCGGAGCCGGGGGGAUGUGGCUAUCGAUAUGGACUCUCCAAGUAAUCCUUUGCAGCUUCAGCUUAUUGAUGAGCAGGACUCGUACAUCCAGAGCCGUGCAGAUACCAUGCAAAACAUCGAGAGCACCAUCGUGGAACUGGGUUCCAUAUUUCAGCAGCUGGCGCACAUGGUCAAGGAACAAGAGGAGACCAUCCAGAGGAUCGAUGCUAACGUGGAGGACACCCAGCUGAACGUGGAGGCUGCCCACACAGAGAUCCUCAAAUACUUCCAGUCAGUCUCCUCCAACCGCUGGCUGAUGAUCAAGAUCUUUCUGGUCCUUGUGGUCUUCUUCAUCAUCUUUGUCGUCUUCUUUGCGUAAAGGAAUGAGGAGCAGGGAAACGGUAUCGAAUGAGGGAGAAUAAAAUUAAAGCUAGACUAUAAGGAUGUAUUUCGAGACUCUUCUAUCACGGUUUCAUGGAGGCUUUUGGGAUCCACUCGAAUACGGACCUGUCGUUUUGUCCCAAGCCACAAACUUUUCAGUCUUAAUUUGACUCUUCAAUGGAAAAUGAAGAUGUUGAACUCUCGAAUAAAACAAAUAAAUGAUCUUUGAAUCCCCACUUUAAGAGCAGAAAGCUGCUCUGUAUUCUACAUUGACCAACUAUUCAUAAGCAUUUAAUCAAAAUGGCUCUAAUUUAAUGGUUUGAUUCUGCAAACUGUCUUAUGGUUGUUUUGUUUAUCCUCUUUUACCACACGUCAUCCUUUAUAGUAAGUAUUACAAAGCCAAACUUUACAACUGGACUUGCUCCUCAGAUUAUGUUGCUUCAUAGUUUACCUGCUUUUUACUGGAACCACAUGACUGUCUCUCAUUUAUCAGCAAUUCCUAACCUUCUACCAUCCAAAACUGAUGUGGAUUUUUUAAAAAUAAUCUUUAUUUGCUGUUUUCUUUCAUUUGCCAAAUUGGUACCGUUGUUGAACUGUGACACAAUACAAGGAAACUCGCUGUGGCACAAGUAGGCAGUCAUAGCCAGAUGAAGGGAGGUUUGCAGUGUAACUGAAGGGUGAGCUGUGAGAAAUGUUAUAUAACGGCACUGUUUUAAAUGAAGCUGUGUGGUGAGCAGCCUUCGCAAAGGUUUAAUGGAAGAAAAGGUUUAAACCUCACUGAGUGCUGCAGGAGGAUCAGUGCGUAUGAAGGGGUAAGCGCUGGUUGUAAAGUCACACGAUCGGCCACGUUCCCUGGAAGUGUCUGGUUGGAUGCCUGUGCGCAUCCAUUAUCUACCUAAUGUACAGGAUGUUAUUUAAAUGACCACAACUUUUUAAAAGAAACUUUUUUUUUCCUUUUUUCUUUUGCUCUUUCUUUGUUUUCUUUUUUUUUUUUUUAAUUUUAGCCAAAUGCCUUGACUUAGUGUAUAAAGUUGAAAUAGUUAUGAAGAUGUAUUGAUAAAGUGUGCAUUAAUAAAACAGUAAUGGGGUGCUGGCA